AACAGGUAAAAUAAAGAUCUUUGUAGAGAUUAUUCUAAGAUAGAAACAUUAAUCUUGUCAAAAUUCUUAAAAUCAUUUUGUGGUUCCUUGUUUUGCUUUGCAGAUUUCAGAAAUGGCUGGCUUAGACAUUGGCUUAGCAGUUGGUGGUGCAUUUGUCUCUUCAGCUUUGAAUGUUCUCUUUGAUAGGCUUGCUCCUCAGGGUGAGCUGCUCAAGAUGUUUCAGAAGAAUAAGGAUGGUGUUCAGCUCUUUGGGAAGCUGAGGAUGACUUUGCGUGGCCUUCAAGUUGUUCUAAGUGAUGCAGAGAAUAAGCAAGCAUCAGAUCCAUGUGUGAGCCAGUGGCUUAACGAGCUUCGAGAUGCUGUGGACGGUGCUGAAAACUUAAUAGAAGAAGUCAAUUAUGAAGCUUUGAGGCUUAAGGUGGAAGGUCAGCAUCAAAAUAUUGCUGAAGGAAUAAGCAACUUGCAGGUAAGUGACCUUCACUUGGGCCUAAGUGAUGAAUUUUUUCGUAACAUAAGGAAGAAGUUGGAAGGCACCAUUGAAACGUUGAAGGGGUUGCAAGAGCAAAUUGGUCACCUUGGCUUGAAGGAACAUUUUGUUUCGACUAAACAAGAAACUAGGACACCUUCAACUUCUUUGGUUGAUGAAUCUGAUAUCUUUGGUAGGCAGGAUGAAAUAGAGAAAUUGGUUGGCCGUUUACUGUCUGAAGAUGCAAAUGGAAAAAAUCUGACUGUAGUCCCCAUUGUUGGCAUGGGGGGCGUUGGCAAGACAACACUUGCUCAAGCAGUUUACAAUGAUAAGAAGGUGGAAAAACAUUUUGAUUUGAAAGCUUGGGUUUGUGUGUCUGAGUCGUAUGAUGCUUUAAGAAUAACAAAAGAGUUACUUCAGGAGAUUGGCUCAUUUGACUUAAAGGAUGAUAAUAAUCUUAAUAAGCUACAGGUCAAAUUGAAGGGAAGGCUAACUGGAAAUAGAUUUCUAGUUGUCCUUGAUGAUGUGUGGAAUGAUAACUAUAAUGACUGGGAUAAGUUGAGAAAGCUUUUUGUACAAGGAAAAAUAGGAAGUAAGAUCAUUGUGACGACACGUAAUAGAAGAGUUGCCUCGAUGAUGGAUGAUGAGGAAGUUAGCAUGGACAUUUUGUCUAGUGAAGACUCUUGGUCUUUAUUCAAAAGACAUGCAUUUCGAAACAUAGAUCCUAAGGAGCAUCCAGAACUUGAAGAGGUAGGGAAACAAAUUGCAGCUAAGUGCAAUGGAUUGCCCUUAGCUCUAAAGACACUCGCUGGCAUGUUACGCUCCAAAUCAGAGGUUAAAGAGUGGAAACAUAUUUUGAGAAGUGAAAUAUGGGAACUUCCAAACAAUGACAUAUUAGCAGCAUUGAAGUUGAGCUACAAUGAUCUUUCCGCACAUUUAAAGCAAUGCUUUUCCUAUUGUGCUAUAUUUCCCAAAGAUUAUCCAUUUUGCAAAGAACAAGUCAUUGAACUGUGGAAUGCUAAUGGUCUACUACGGGAGUUGCAGAAAGAUGAAACAAUUGAAGAUUUAGGCAACCGAUACUUUCUCGAGUUGAGAUCAAGAUCAUUAUUCGAAAGGGUCCCAAAUUCUUCUCAAGGGGACCAAGAGAAAUUCUUAAUGCAUGACCUUGUCAAUGAUUUAGCCCAAAUUGCAUCUUCAAAACUUUGUAUCAGGUUGGAAGAGAGUCAAGGAUCUCAUAUGUUGGAAAAAAGUCGACACCUAUCAUAUUCAAUGGGAUAUGGUGACUUUGAGAAAUUGAAACCACUCUUCAAAUUGGAGCAGCUGAGGACAUUGCUUCCGAUAAGCUUUUCGAUCUUAAGAUCAUUUUUUCUAAGCAAGAGGGUGCUGCAUAACAUAUUGCCAACACUAAGAUCCUUAAGGGCACUAUCACUGUCUCAUUAUAAGAUUAACGAGUUGCCGAGUGUCUUGUUUAUCAAAUUAAAGCUCCUAAGAUUUUUGGACCUUUCUCAGACAAAGAUUAAGAGGUUGCCAGAUUCAACUUGUGUACUGUAUAACUUAGAGACACUUCUCCUGUCAAAUUGUAGUUAUCUUGAGGAGUUACCUCUGCAGAUGGAAAAGCUAAUCAACUUGCAUCACAUUGACAUUAGCGGCACUUCUCGCUUGAAGAUGCCGCUACAUCUGAGCAAGUUGAAAAGCCUCCAUGUGCUAGUGGGAGCUAAAUUUCUUCUAGGUGACUGCAAUGGUUCGAGAAUCGCAGAUUUGGGUGAACUACAUAACUUGUAUGGAUCUCUAUCAAUUCUAGAGUUGCAAAAUGUGGUUGAUAGAAGGGAAGCUCUGAAGGCAAAGAUGAGGGAGAAGGAACAUGUUGAGAAGUUAUCAUUGAAGUGGAGUGAAAGUAUUGCCAACAAUUCACAAACAGAAAGAGACAUACUUGAUGAGCUACAACCAAGUCCAAACAUUAAAGAACUCCAAAUCACUGGAUAUAGAGGUACAAAAUUUCCAAACUGGCUUGCUGAUCAUUCGUUUCUUAAGCUGGUGGAAUUGUCUCUUAGAAACUGCAAGGUCUGUGAUUCCUUGCCAGCACUAGGACAACUUCCUUCAUUGAAAUUCCUCACCAUUAGAGGGAUGGAUCGAAUAACAGAGGUGACUGAAGAAUUCUAUGGCAGUUCGUCCUCCAAAAAGCCUUUUAACUCUCUUGAGAAGCUUGUAUUUGUAGCUAUGCCGGAGUGGAAGCAGUGGCAUGUACUAGGGAAUGGAGAGUUCCCUGCACUUCAGGACCUUUCAAUUGAAGAUUGCCCCAAGUUGAUUGGGAAGUUGCCUGAAAAUCUUUGUUCUCUAACAAGAUUGACAAUUUCAAAAUGUCCUGAACUCAAUUUGGAGACACCUAUCCAACUUUCAAAUUUGAAAAGUUUAGAGUUUUGGUUCUCCAAGGUUGGAGUUCUUUUUGAUGACGCUGAACUGUUUACAUCCCAACUUCAGGGAAUGAAGCAGAUUGUUGAAUUAGAAAUUCAUAAUUGUCAGUCUCUUACCUCCUUACCUAUUAGCAUUCUGUCGAAUACCUUGAAGACAAUAAAGAUAUAUGGUUGUGGGAAACUGAAAUUGGAGGCGUCAGUUGGUGAGAUGUUUCUGGAGAGAUUGGAUAUUGAUUCUAUAGAUGAUAUAUACAUGUGGGUCCCAAGAGAAUUUUGUAGAGAAUCUCACAGCCUUAAAAGGCUUUUGAUUCCUACUGAAACUCUCGAAAUUAGGGAUUGUAGGAAUAUUGAAAGACUUACGGUGACAUGUGGGACUCAGAUGACGUCAUUGUUUAUUUUCAAAUGCGAGAAGCUGAAGUGGCUGCCAGAACGUAUGCAGGAACUCCUUCCAUCUCUUAAGGAACUGACACUGUUGUAUUGUCCAGAAAUAGAGUCCUUUCCUGAAGGAGGAUUGCCCUUCAAUUUAGAAGUCCUUCAUAUCCAUUAUUGCAAGAAACUGGUGAAUAACCGAAAGGAGUGGCAUUUACAGAGACUCCCCUGUCUCAGAGAGUUAUCGAUCUUCCAUGAUGGCAGCGAUGAAGAGAUUCUUGUUGAUGAGAAUUGGGAGUUGCCUUGCUCUAUUCGAAGGCUUAACGUAGUCAAUCUGAAAACAUUAAGCAGCCAAGUUCUCAAAAGCCUCACCUCUCUUGAAUAUCUAUCUACUAAUAAUUUACCUCAAAUUCAGUCACUGCUGGAAGAAGGGCUUCCCUCAUCUCUUUCUGAUCUAUAUUUAUGUGGCCAUCAUGAACUCCAUUCACUACCGAUGGAAGGUCUUCUGCGCCUCACUUCUCUUCAACGUCUACAGAUCUAUGAUUGCCCUAAUCUCCAAUCUAUUCCAGAAUCAGCGCUGCCCUCCUCCCUUUCUGAGUUGACCAUCGAUAAUUGCCUUAAUCUCCAAUCUAUUCCAGAAUCAGCGCUGCCCUCCUCCCUUUCUGAGUUGACCAUCGGUAAUUGCCCUAAUCUCCAAUCUAUUCCAGAAUCAGCGCUGCCCUCCUCCCUCUCUGUGCUGACCAUCAUGGAUUGCCCUAAUCUCCAAUCUAUUCCAGAAUCAGCGCUGCCCUCCUCCCUCUCUGAGCUGACCAUCGAUAAUUGCCCUAAUCUCCAAUCCCUUCCAGUAAAAGGGAUGCCCUCUUCCCUCUCUAAACUAUUUAUUUCCGACUGCCCAUUGCUCAAACCACUCCUAGAAUUUGACAAGGGAGAAUACUGGCAAAAUAUUGCUCAAAUUCCCACCAUACAGAUCGAUGAGGAAUAUCAGUAAUGAUUACAAUGAAUGCUCUCACACAUCGUAGAGCAUCUAUUGCUCAAACAACGUCUAGAAUUCGAGAAGGGGGAAUACUGGCCAAAUAUUGCUCAUAUUCCCACCAUAUACGUCCAUGGGGAAUGCCUGUGAUGAUUAUAACGAGUGGUGCUCCGACAGAUCGUCUAUUGCACUGCGAAGACGAGGAAUCAUCUUCAGAUCGGGGAUGAAUUUAAUUUUAGAUGACAAAAAAAAAGUGAGUUGAGCAAGGAGGAGGUGGUUUAGAGUAAUGCACAUGUUCACUAUUGAAUGCAAAGCUCUAAUUCAAUUCAAAGGAUUUUGGUAAUGGCAUAUAAGCUAUUAUAGCUCUUGGCACCGUUGGUGAAAGUAAAGUUGUGCUGAUAUUCUCUGUUGAAUAGCCAAUCACCUCGACUAUGAGGCUUGGCACUGUUUCAGGUUUUCUUCCAAAAUAUUAGAACAAAUCAGAGGGCAAUGUUUGACAGAAGGGUAAACAUUUUGCAACCUCUCCUAAUGGAACCGUUAGUAUUUUACUCUUUUCUAGUUAAACCAAACCAUGAUCAGCAUGAUCGUUUUUCUCUUGAUUAAGAAGAAUGAUUCAUCUUAGUGCUUGGUUUCAUUUCCAAUAGAAACUAAAAAGACACAAAUCUGUGUGAUCAUCAUCAGGAGGAUUGCCCUUCAAUUUAGAAGUCCUUUGGAUCAACAAUUGCAAGAUACUGGUGAAUAACCGAAAGGAGUGGCGUUUACAGAGACUCCCCUGUCUCAGAGAGUUGCGGAUCUACCACAAUGGCAGUGACGAAGAGAUUCUUGCUCAUGAGAAUUGGGAGUUGCCUUGCUCUAUUCGAAGUCUUAACAUAUCCGAUCUGAAAACAUUAAGCAGCCAAGUUCUCAAAAGCCUCACCUCUCUUGAAUAUCUAUAUACUGGUAAUGUACCUCAAAUUCAGUCACUGCUGGAAGAAGGGCUUCCGUCGUCUCUCUCUGCGCUAAAAUUAUAUGGCCAUCAUGAGCUCCAUUCACUACCGACCGAAGGUUUUCUGCGCCUCACUUCCCUUCAACAUCUAUCCAUUGAGGCUUGCCGUAAUCUCCAAUCUAUUCCAGAAUCAGCGCUGCCCUCCUCCCUCUCUAAGCUGACCAUC